AUGCAGACACCGACUGCUCAGGAUCCGAACAAGCCGACCAUAGAGAUGAGCGCUGGUCAGCCAACCGUUCAGCCUCUCCCCCAGCACUCGGCACAUACCCAACACGUCCAGCACCCGCACACUACUGGCCCGCCACACGCCAUUGACCCGGCUAUCGGCGGCUCGUACGAUAUGAGCGCCGGCGGUCCCGAUGAUGGGAACUCAAGUGAGGGCCGUUCUAAGGGUCGGAGAGAGCUAUCCACAUCGAAGCGCGCUGCCCAGAAUCGUGCUGCCCAGCGCGCAUUCCGUCAACGCAAGGAGGAAUACAUCAAGCAGCUAAAAGACCAGGUCAAGGAGUUCGAGCAACUAUGCGAGCUCUACAAGACCCUCCAGACGGAAAACUACCAAUUGCGCGACUACAUCAUCAACCUGCAGUCGCGCCUGCUCGAGACACAGGGCGAGAUACCACCUGCGCCUGCCGGCGUAGACCUUAACCGACCGCUCGGCGACCAAGCAACCAUGCACCAACAACCAGAAGCACCGCAGCCGCCGCCGCAGCAACAGCCUGAACCACAGCACCCGAACCAGAGCCCGAACAACAGCACCGGCGGCCUCUCGGAACGCCAGAUUGGCGAAUUGCAGAUGGCGGCCCAAGCUGCAGCUGCAGCUCAACAUGGCACGGCUGGCAGCAAACACGCCAACUCGGAUUCCUCAUACGACUACACAGAGAAGCGCCAGAAGGUCGACGAAUCACACCAAGGUCAGCAGCCCUCGCCACCCUUCUACUCCAACGCAAAUGCUUAUUGA